AUUUAAUAUUGUCUUCUAAGUAUGGUACUAGUGUGUGUGGCAUUAUGGGAUUAGUAUAUUUCAAGUGGCAUAAAAAAGAACUCUUUCCCCACUUUCCCCCUCAACACUGUACCCUCCUGGCACUUUUUGAGAGACUACAAAUUCAGACCCCCCCUUCCGCUUAUUGCUCAUGUUCAUUCCUCUCUUCUUCCAUCUCUCUCUAGUUUCAAAUCUUCUUCAUAGUACAAAAACAACGUUUCCCUUAUAGUAAAUCCAAGUGCUAAACCCCUUUGUUUACCUUCUUCUUAUUAUCUCUCUCUCUCUCUCUUUCUCUCUCAAGUCUCAACCAAAAAAAGAAAGAAAAGAAAAGACCUCCCCUUUUAUAUCUUCUCAUUUCUAAACUCACAAGUCGCUCUCUCACUCACUCUCCCUUUUUCUUAUUGUAAUUCCAAGCCAAAAAUCCUCUCUCUCUCAGUAAACAGAACAAAACUCUUUUCAUAACACAAACGGUCUCUCUGUUUUUAAUCAUCUUUGAUUUUUGCUCUUUUGAGAAAUAUUAGAACUCUUCUGUUGAUUAUAUUAAAUAGUUCAAAUUUCAAUAAUAUUAAAAUGACGACGAUAGUAUGCCAAGGUUUGCAAUCAUGUUUGGACUCACCACAGCUUGUUGAGUCGAGAACACUGAGGCUGAGGCUCUCUUCUUCUUCCAUAACACCUCACUUGACAGCACAGCCACAGUCCUUUGAUUUGUCAACCUUAAAAUCCAUCUUCCCAGAUGCCAAAACAAACGAACCAGCAGAGAAAUGUCAGCUGCCUAAUCAACCCCAUGAAAGCCAAACCUCAAAAAACACUGAAAUGGGUGGGUGGUGCUUCCUCCAAUCCCUCCAAAACAGUCAAAGUUCCAAGCUUGAAAAGGAAAAGACUUAUGUCCAUCCCAUGGUUAAGAGCUCAUCUUCUUGUCUGAGCGAAAAGAGCUUGAAAUUGUGCACUGAAAACUUGGGAAACGAGACAGGAACUGACAUGUCUGAAAGCGGCAUUUUGUCGAACACUUCGGAAACAGAGUCCAAAAGUGAAGAUUUUUCCAGUCGUCGGCGUUUCUCGGCUAGGAAAUUUAGAUCGUCAGCAUCACCAUCUCGUAACUUUCCACCUCCAUUGACAACCAUGAGUGGAGCUGAAUCUCUCCAAAUCAAGCCUCAUCGAGAAGAAGGGCGGCUUAUAAUCAAGGCCGUUAAAAGCCCACCUAGAAUCUCUUGUUUCCACGCUGAAAGAAGCCAUGGCCGCCUUCGACUCUGCUUUAUGGAAAAUUAUACACCUACUUUUGACUCUGGAGAAAGAGUCACAAAUCAAGAAAGUGAAAUCUGUGAAAAUGACAACAUUGAUGCUGCUGAUGAUGAUGAUGAUGACGAUGAUGAAGAAGAAGAAGAAUUAGUUGAAAGGAAAAUAGAAGAAGAAAAAGAAGCAGAAGAAGGGUGUUCUAGUGAGGACAUGGAUGAGAAAAAUAUAAAAAUGGAGGGCAAAAUGGGAAUGGAAAAUUAUGAAAGGAAAAAUAACUUAAGAAGAUGCAAAGAAGGUGGUGGUGGUGAACAUGAGAAGAACAAAGCAUUAAUGUUAAAUUGGGAGCCAUUUUGGGUGGCUACUUCUUAAAAAGCCUUAUUUUGGAUUCUAUCUUUAUAAAUUUUAAUAUUAUCAAUUCCAAAAUAUUUAUAUAUAUUAUAAUUAUUGAAUAUUGAAAGAAUUUUUGUAAUAGUUUGU